CCUUAGAACAUUCAUUUCACUGUGUGUGUAUGUGUGUUUGGCUGAGCUGCCUCGUAUUGUUGAUCCCGAUUGACUUCGAGAGACCCUGACAUUGGAAAAUUAGAAGGAUAUACCUACGGACAGACCAUAAGAUAAGGCGACACACUGUGACCAGGCUACCUGUGUUGUCUGAGCUCUUAGAUUGGACCAAGACCAUGACCCAGCCUCGGCCGGACGAGUUCAAGCCGCCUCAGGAGUGCCCAGUCUUCGAACCAAGCUGGGAGGAAUUUGCCGAUCCUUUUGCUUAUAUAAAUAAGAUCCGUCCAAUUGCGGAAAAAACGGGUAUUUGUAAGGUCCGCCCGCCUCCGGACUGGCAGCCUCCAUUUGCAUGUGAUGUUGACAGACUACACUUCACUCCUCGGAUACAGAGGCUAAAUGAACUGGAGGCACAGACCAGAGUUAAGCUUAACUUCUUGGACCAGAUUGCAAAGUUCUGGGAGUUGCAGGGGUGUUCUCUGAAGAUUCCUCAUGUGGAAAGGAAGAUAUUGGACCUGUAUCAACUCAACAAGAAUGUUGCAGAUGAGGGCGGAUUUGAUAUUGUGUGUCGCGAUAGACGUUGGACGGCGAUUGCGCUGAAGAUGGGCUUUGCUCCUGGCAAGGCUGUUGGCUCUCACUUACGGUCACACUAUGAGAGACUUCUCUACCCCUACAACCUCUUCCAGAGCGGAGCCAACCUCCUGGCACCAGAGCUUGCGUCCAAGCUGAUGCGUUUAGUGUCUGCUCCUGAACUUGACACGUUUGUCCACGAGCCAACCCUGCCAGUUGAUACGAGUGACAAGGAGUGUAAACCCCCUGACCUGACCGAGAGGCAGCACUUUGUUGAGCCAACCGAGUCCUGCUGCAACAGCGCCCACAGAGCAAAGCGGAUGAGAGCUGAGUCAGGUUGUGUGAAGACAGAACCAGGAACUGAACCCUGUGAAAACAACAGACCAAAUCUGAGGAGGAGGAUGGGCUCUUUUGUUGCCAAGCCCGAGCCAGACAUUCCCAUUCUAGUGAAACAAGAACCCAUCGAGCCGGUGAGCGAGGCAGACACAAACAAGUCUCGAUAUAAGAAAAAAACAAGUAUUGAUGCCCCACCUCCUGCAGUGAGUGUAGUGGACCUGUAUAUGUGUCUGGUGUGUGGCAGCGGGAGUGACGAGGAUCGUCUUCUGUUGUGUGAUGGCUGUGACGACAGUUACCACACCUUCUGUCUCUUACCCCCUCUACACGACAUCCCCAAAGGAGACUGGAGGUGCCCCAAGUGCCUGGCUCAAGAGUGCAGCAAACCUCAGGAGGCAUUUGGCUUUGAGCAGGCAUACAGGGACUACUCUUUGCGGGCUUUUGGAGAAAUGGCAGACUCCUUCAAAUCUGAUUACUUCAACAUGCCAGUUCAUAUGGUUCCCACAGAGUUGGUGGAAAAAGAGUUCUGGCGCUUGGUGAGCACCAUCGAAGAGGACGUCACAGUGGAGUACGGAGCAGAUAUAGCCUCCAAGGAGUUUGGGAGCGGAUUCCCUAUCAAGAAUGGAAGAUUUAAGGUUUCAGAAAAGGAUGAGAUGUACCUGAAGUGUGGCUGGAACCUGAACAACAUGGCGAUGAUGGACCCGUCAGUGUUGACUCAUGUCACAGCAGACAUCUGUGGGAUGACUCUACCUUGGCUCUAUGUUGGCAUGUGCUUCUCCUCCUUCUGCUGGCACAUCGAGGACCACUGGAGCUACUCCAUCAACUACCUGCACUGGGGGGAGCCGAAGACAUGGUAUGGAGCACCUGGCUUCGCUGCGGAACAGCUGGAGGCUGUGAUGAAGAAACUAGCUCCAGAGCUGUUUCAGAUUCAGCCAGAUCUCCUCCACCAGCUGGUCACCAUCAUGAACCCUAACACCCUCAUGUCCUACGGGGUUCCGAUUUACAGAACCAAUCAGUGUGCUGGUGAGUUUGUCAUCACUUUCCCCAGAGCCUAUCACAGUGGUUUCAACCAAGGUUUUAACUUUGCUGAGGCUGUCAACUUCUGCACUGUGGACUGGAUGGCAUUAGGCCGCCAAUGCGUUGACCACUACAGACUGCUGCAUCGGUACUGUGUUUUCUCCCACGACGAGAUGAUCUGCAAGAUGGCCUCCAAGGCCAACAGUCUGGAUGUGGUCCUGGCGUCGGCUGUCCAGAAGGAUAUGAAAGAUAUGAUCAGAGAGGAACAGGACCUACGAGAUAAAGUCCGCAAGAUGGGGGUGUUGCAUUGUGAGCAGGCGGAAUACGAUCUCCUGCAGGAUGAUGAGCGGCAGUGUGCCAAAUGUAGGACCACCUGUUUCCUGUCUGCCAUCACCUGCCCCUGCAGCCCCGGCCAGCUGGUCUGUCUCCACCACAUCCAGGACCUCUGCUCCUGCCCCCUCACCAACUACACACUGAAUUAUAGAUUUACACUGGAUGAUCUGUACCCCAUGAUGGACGUGGUGAAGCAGCGAGCUGAGUCCUACGACGAGUGGGCAUCCCGCGUGACGGAGACUCUGGAGGCUAAGUUGGACAAGAAAAAAAGCUUGUCAGCCUUCCGCUCCCUCAUUAACGAAUCAGAGUCCAAGAUGUUCCCUGACAAUGACCUCUUGCGUCAGCUCCGUUUAGUCACACAGGAUGCAGAGAAGUGCUUCUCAGUGGCCCAGCAGCUACUCAACGGCAAAAGGCAGACUAGGUAUCGGUGUGGUGGGGGGAAGACCCAGAGCCAGCUGACCGUGCAGGAGCUGAGGUCAUUUGUCAGGCAGCUUUACAACAUCCCUUGCAGCCUUCCUCAAGCCCCCAAAUUAAAGGAUUUCUUGAAUUGCAUCGAAGACUUCCAGCAGCACAGUGAGAAAGUUCUGAUGGAUGAAGCCACCGGCACAGCGGUGAUCCAGAGUCUUCUAGACGUUAGCUUUGACUUUGAUGUGGAGCUGCCUGAACUUCCAAUACUACGGGAGAGGCUGGAGCAAGCCCGUUGGCUGGAGGGUGUGCAACAGACCAGCGCCCAGCCCUCCACCCUCACCCUGGAGACCAUGCGGAGGCUGAUAGACCAGGGCGUAGGCCUGACCCCUCACCCCUCCGUGGAGAAGGCCAUGGCUCAUCUGCAGGAGCUGCUCACGGUGUCUGAACAUUGGGAGGAAAAGACCAGCAUCCUCCUCAAGGCCAGGCCCCCCCCAUCUAUAGAAGUCCUCUCUGAAGCAGCUGAGAAGGUGGUGGGUAUACCUGCUUACCUCCCCAACUGUAUGAUGCUGAAGGACUCCAUCAGUAGGGCCAGGGAGUGGCUUCAGGAAGCAGAGGCAUUUCAGGAUGGAGAGUCCAUUCCAUUAUUUGACAAGCUCUCUGAUAUGGUUCUACGAGGACAGGCCAUCCCAGUCCAGCUGGACCCUCUAAAGCAUCUGGAGUUUCUGGUAGCAGAGCUGCAGGCCUGGAAAGAGUCUGCAGCUAAAACUUUCCUCAUGAAAAACUCUCACUUCACUCUGCUUGAGGUUCUGUGUCCAAGAUUUGAGGUUGGAGCAGGGUCUCCGAAAAGGAAGUCGAAAAAAACUAAAGACUGCAGUAAGAAGAAGAUGGUGAAGCUAGACUGUCUCAGUGAUGUGGAAAAAGCCCUCUUAGAGACCAAGGACACUACCUCAGCUCUGGCAACUCUCGGGGAAGUGCGGUUACGGGAGAUGUGGGCCCUCUCCUCCCUCCGGGCAGCUAACGAGUCCAAGCUCCUCCCCACGGCAGACUGCAUGGACCUGAAGGUGUGUGUGUGUCAGAAUCCCCCCAUGGGAGCCAUGUUACAGUGUGAGCUCUGCCGGGACGCCUUCCACAGCGUGUGUGUGAGGGCUCCCUCAGACUCCCGUUCAACCCAGGCCUGGCUGUGUCCAGACUGCCGACGCUCUGAGAAGCCCUCCCUGGACAAGGUCCUGCCCUUGCUGGCGUCGCUGCAGCGUAUCCAGGUGCGUCUGCCGGAAGGCGAUGCGCUUCACUAUUUGGUUGAGAGAACAGUCAGCUGGCAACAGCGUGCGCGACAGGUCUCUGCCUCCUGUGGCCUUCCAGACCUGGAGGAGAGCUUUAGAACUUCACCAUCUCCGGUUGGAAAGCCACCAUGUUUGACUCCAGAGUGGAACAGGACAAGUCAUGAUCAGAUGGUGUUCUACACUGAGCAACGAUGCAUUCCUCUGCAGGGUCUGAGUGUGGAGCUGGAGGAGCUGAUGGUGGAAGGGCUCCUGCUGCAGGUGUCUCUGCCAGAGAUCACACAGCUCUAUCACGUGUUACUGAACGGGCUGGGAACGCAUCACACCCACGGACGCACGUCACAGCAAGAGGACGACACCUCGGACUGUGACAAACGCAAGCAGUGCAACUCUCAGGGAAGAAGCUCUCCACAAAAAGAGGAUGGCCUGAAAAAGGAAGUAGUUAACAGAGCAGAGAAGAAGGCCAAGCGACGCCUGGAGAGGGAGGCUCUGGAGAUAGAGCGCAGGGACAAGGCCAAGAAGCUCCAAAACAAAAGACAGAAAAUGAACAAGGAGAAGAACCUGGAACGCAGGGCAGCCUCCACCUCCUCAUCUCCUCGUUCCGACUUCUCCCAGUCAGACGACUCUGAAGAGGAGAUGGCCAUGUGUCCAGCAGAGGAAUGCCAGCAGCCAGAAGGAGAUGAGGUGGACUGGGUCCAGUGUGACGGCAGCUGUAACCAGUGGUUCCACCAGGUCUGUGUGGGUGUGACAGCCGAGUUGGCUGAGAAAGAGGACUAUGUGUGUGUCAGCUGUACAAUAAGCGAUGGCCGCUGAGGAUUUGAGGAGAGAAUGGAUGGAGUUUUGGAAGGAAAGCUGGAAGUCUGACGGUUUUCGGCCUACUCCGUUAGCAACUCGGCCACACAAGUCAGGAUGUCACAGACCUAGCUCUCCUUGUCCUCAUCCCCUUUGUGACAACGGUGCUAUCUCCUUCUCUUUAUUGGGUUGUUGUCCAGAACUAUACUGUUUGUUACUUUUUUGUAUUUUUUACAUAUUUUUCUUUCCUCCUUUGAACUGUUUGUGGUUGUGACAUGAUGUGGAGUCAGUGUGCUGCAUGGGUUUCCAUAUAAUGGGUGGUGCAAAGGAGUCAAACAAUAAGGCACUCUGUGAAGAUCCAAGGGUAUAUUACAGUAUAUUGAACUUCCUUGCAUGCAAAACCAGAGACAGAUGGUGUUGGUUAAGGUCCCAUCCUUCCCCAUAAUAAAUCAUGUGAUAGAGAGAACUGUAUUUUCUGGGAAACCCAAUACUUUGUACUUCUAUCAUACUUCUGACUUAUAUCAUUUUUGGUAGACUAAGUUUAUUUAUCUGAGCAAUAAUGUUUGUCUCAAUUGAAUUCAAUGGAUUGGUCUCCUGAACUAUGUGUUGACGCUUCAGCAAUGGUUUGAUGUACAGAACAGAAAGCAUAUCGACUGAGGUAAGUUACAGUUGUAGACUAGCAAUGUAGCAGACAGAAGGAACUGGAUCAACUGCCACAUACACUAUACAGUGCCUUUGGGAAGUAUUCAGACCCCUUGACUUUAUCCACGUUUUGUUACAUUAUAGCCUUAUUCUAAAAUGGGUUAAAUAAAUACAAGUCCUCAAAUCUACACACAAUACCCCAUAAUGACAAAGCAAAAUCCUGUUUUGGGAAAUUUUAGCAAAUUUAUUAAAAAUACAUAAGAAUUCAGACCCUUUGCUAUGAGACUUUAAAUUGAACUCAGGUGCAUCCUGUUUCCAUUGAUCAUCCUUGACGUUUCUACAACUUGAUUGGAGUCUACCUGUGGUAACUUCAAUUUAUUGGACAUGAUUUGGAAAGGUACACACCUGUCUGUAUAAGGUUCCACAGUUGACAGUGCAUGUCAGAGCAAAAACCAAGUCAUGAAGUCGAAGGACUUGUCUGUAGAACUCUGAGACAGGAUUGUGGCGGUGCAGAUCUGGGGAAGGGUACCAAAGAAUGUAUGCAGCAUUUGAAGGUCCCCAAGAACACAGUGGGCUCCAUCAUUCCUAAAUGGAAGAAGUUUGGAACCACCGAGACUACCUAGAGCUGGCCGCCCGGCCAAACUGAGCAAGCGGGGAAGAAGGGUCUUGGUUAGGGAGGUGACCAAUAACCCGAUGGUCACUCUGACAGAACUCCAGAGUGCCUCUGUGGAGAUGGGAGAACCUUCCAGAAUGACAACCAUCUUUAAAGCACUCCCAACAAAUCAGGCCUUUUAUGGUAGAGUGACCAGAUGGAAGCCGCUCCUCAGUAAAAGGCACGACAGCCCGCUUGGAGUUUGUUAAAAGGCACCUAAAGAAAAGACUCUGACCAUGAGAAACAAGAUUCUCUCGUCUAAUGAAAUCAAGUUUAACUCUCUGGCCUGAAUGCCAAGCGUCACAUCUGGAGGAAACCUGGCACUAUCCCUACGGUGAAGCAUGGUGGUGGCAGCAUCAUGCUGUGGGGAUGGUUUUCAGCAGCAGGGACUGGGAGACUAGUCAGGAUCGAGGGAAAGAUGAACGGAGCAAAGUACAGAGAGAUCCUUGAUGAAAACCUGCUCCAGAGUGCUCAGGACCUCAGACUGGGGCUAAGGUUCAAUGCAGGAGUGGCUUCGGGUCUCUGAAUGUCCUUGAGUGGCCCGGACUUGAACCCGAUCGAACAUCUCUGGAGAGACCUGAAAAUAGCUGUGCAGAAACGCUCUCCAUCCAACCUGACAGAGCUUGAGAGGGUCUGCAGAGAAGAAUGGGAGAAACUCCCCAAAUACAGGUGUGCCAAGCUUGUAGCGCCAUACCCAAUGCGGCUCGAGGCUGUAAUUGCUGCCAAAGAUGCUUCAACAAAGUACUGAGUAAAGGGUCUGAAUACUUAUAUAAAUGUGAUAUUUGUGUAGAAUUUUUAUUUAUAUAUAUAUUUUUUUAAAGGCUGUAACCUAACAAAACAUGGAAAAGUCAAGGGGUCUGAAUACUUUCUGAAGGCUCUUUUAUAUACAGAAGUAUGUGGACACCUUCAAAUUAGUGGAUUUGGCUAUUUCAGCCACUUCCUGACAGCUGUAUAAAAUCGAGCACACAGCCAUGCAAUUUCCAUAGACAAACUUUGGCAGUCGAAUGGCCUUAGUGAAGAGCUCAGUGACUUUCAACAUGCCACCUUUCCAACAAGUCAGUACGUAAAAUUUCUACCCUGCUAGAGCUGCCCUGGACAACUGUAAGUGCUGUUCUUGUGAAGUGGAAACAUCUAGGAGCAACAACGGCUCAGCCGUGAAGUGGUACACCACACAAGCUCACAGAACGGUACCGCUGAAGCGCAUAGUGUCAAAAUUGUCGGUCCUCGGUUGCGACAUUCAAACAGGGUUCAAAACUGCCUCUGGAAGCAACGUCAGCACAAAAGCUGUUGGUUGGGAGCUUCAUGAAAUGGGUCUCCAUGGCCGAGCAGACACACACAAACCUAAGAUCACCAUGCGCUAUGCUAAGCGUCAGCUGGAAUGGUGUGAAGCUCACUGCCAUUGGACUCUGGAUCAGUGGAAACACAUUCUCUGGAGUGAUGAAUCACGCUUCACCAUCUGGCAGUCUGACUGACAAAUCUGGGUUUGGCGGAUGCCAGGAGAACGCUGCCGAUCCAGAAUGCAUAGUGCCAACUGUCAAUUUAGGUGGAGGAGGAAUAAUGGUCUAGGGUUGUUUUUCAUGGCUCGGGCUAGGCCCCUUAGUUCCAGUGAAGGGAAAUCUUACUCUAUAGCAUACAAUGACAUUGUGGACAAUUCUGUGCUUUGAACUUUGUGGCAACAGUUUGGGGAAGGUCCUUUCCUGUUUCACCAUGACAAUGCCCCCGUGCACAAAGCGAGGUCCAUGCUGAAAUGGUUUGUCGAGAUCGUGUGAAAGAACUUGACUGGCCUGCACAGAGCCCUGACCUCAACCCCAUCGAACACCUUUUGGAUUAAUUGGUACACUGACUACGAGCCAGGCUUAAUCGGCCAACAUCAGUUUCCGACCUCACUAAUGCUCUUGUGGCUGAGUGGAAGCAAGUCCCCACAGCAAUGUUCCAACAUCCUAGUGGAAAGCCUUCCUAGAAGAGUGGAGGCUGUUAUAGCAGCAAGGGGGGGACCAACUCCUUAUUAAUGCCCAUGAUUUUGGAAUAAGAUGUUUGACGAGCAGUUGUCCACAUACUUUUGGUCAUGUAGUGUAUGUGCUUGGGUGGGCUACUUUGGAAAGGAAUGGAGAGAAGUAGUUUGAGACAUUGCAGUUUAUAUUGUGGAAUAAAAACAUUUUCUCCUAAUA